AUGGGCAUUACAGGUCUUCUUCCGCUUUUAAAGGACAUAACAUGCGAUGUUCAUUUGAGAUCUUUCUCCGGAAAGGUGGCCGCAGUCGACGUUUACUGCUGGCUUCACAAAACUGUUAUUUUCCGUGUCGAAGAGAUUAAUUUUGGGAUCGAAGCAACGCGGUACGUAUCAACACUUCGUUCAGAUUUUUUUUUUCAGGUACAUUGACAUGUGCAUGAAGGUUACUGAUCUUCUCAUCGAAAAUAAUGUGCAACCUAUUCUGGUUUUCCAGAAGAAGCUGGAGGGCAAGGCAAAUGUGGAAUCCUCCUCCGCUAACUUGUUGUUGUUGAGGACAACAGCAAGUUAG